UUUCGUUUCAUUUCCGCCAAAUUUCAUCUCUGCGACCAAAAAAUCCGGAUAAAAAGCACACACGGCGGCUCAGCCACCACCAUCAGCACCGCCACCCAAUAAAUUUACCAAAAUGACCUCAGCCACUCCUCCUUUCACUUCUUCCUCUCUGCAUCUCCCCCACACCCCAAAAUUCACCUACAUUUCAACCCCAUUUCGCGCCUUAACACGUCACCCAUGCCCGCCUUCAACAAUCAGAAUGUGCAGCUGGGUUUCAGCCCGACCCGAGAGAAACCCGGGUCCGAGAAAGACCCACAAGAGAAGCACCUCUUCUCCCUCCUCCGAAGCAGAGGAUUUGGUUAAGUUAAUCAUGAGGAAUUUCAGCGAUAAGCAACCAUUGGUUAAUACCCUAGAUAAGUAUGUCAAAUUUGUGCGAACCGAUCACUGUUUUCUACUGUUUGAGGAGCUCGGCAAGACUGAAAAAUGGCUCCAGUGCCUUGAGGUGUUCAGAUGGAUGCAGAAGCAGAGAUGGUACAUUGCAGACAACGGGGUUUACUCGAAGUUAAUUUCCGUCAUGGGUAAAAAGGGGCAAACCCGUAUGGCAAUGUGGCUUUUCUCCGAGAUGCGUAACAGCGGCUGUAGGCCCGACACCUCCGUUUACAACUCACUCAUCACAGCCCACCUUCACUCUCGUGACAAAUCCAAAGCGCUGGCGAAAUCCCUCGGUUAUUUCGAAAAGAUGAAAUCCAUGGAGCGGUGCAAACCUAGUAUAGUCACUUACAACAUUCUCUUAAGAGCUUUCGCGCAGGCCAAGAACGUUGACCAAGUCAACACCUUGUUCAAAGAUCUCGAAGAAAGCAUUGUCACUCCCGAUAUUUUUACGUUCAACGGUGUGAUGGAUGCCUAUGGGAAGAAUGGGAUGAUUAGGGAAAUGGAGUUUGUGCUUGCCAAGAUGAAGAGCAAUCAGAUAAAACCAGAUACAAUCACUUUCAAUUCUUUAAUCGAUGCGUAUGGUAAAAAGCAAGAAUUCGAAAAGAUGGAGCAGGUUUUCACGAGCUUGCUUCGAUCGAAGGAGAAACCGACUCUCCCUACGUUUAAUUCAAUGAUUACAAAUUACGGAAAAGCGCGGCUUAGGGAGAAGGGCGAUUUGGUCUUUAAGAGAAUGACCGAAAUGGGGUAUAAACCGAGCUUUGUUACUUACGAGUGUCUUAUCACAAUGUACGGAUACUGCGACCGUGUUUCGAGGGCUAGAGAGGUGUUUGACGAAAUGGUUGACUCUGAAAACGAGAAGAAAAUAUCGACCCUUAAUGCGAUGCUCGAUGCGUAUUGCAUGAACGGUUUGCCUAUGGAAGCUGACGCGCUUUUCGACAAUGCGCGUUCUUCUAGAAUGUUCCGGGUUGAUUCUUCUACUUACAAGCUUCUUUAUAAGGCGUAUACGAAAGCUGAUAUGAAAGAGCUGUUAGGGAAAUUGGUGGUGUGUAUGGAUAAAGAUGGAAUUAUCCCGAAUAAAAGAUUCUUUCUUGAUGCUCUUGGGGCAAUUGGGUCUUUUCAUGACGGAAAGAAGUCUACUAAUAGGAAAGACGGGUCACGCCAAAAAGCUGCAACUGAAACGGCAAAGAGUUAACUGAAUUUUUGUAGUGGUAAUCACAUAGUACUCGAUUAUUCAGACAGUUUCGGUGGACCAUAUUAUAAGGUAGUAGAGCUUUCAUCCUUCAAGUUUUUUCGGUCAUCUUAAAGACAUGCUCCGAUUUUCAGAUAGCAAAAGCUAUAGAGAAUUAUAUCUUCGUUCGGCAGUAAAUUACGUUAUCGACCAACUCUUUUUCAUGCAAGAUAUUAGCUUGUGUAAAUAUUAUGAAUUCAUCGUGUGCUGGUCAGUGACAAGUUGGUUCCCUCAAUUCCUUGUUCAUUUUUCAUCUAUGAAUUUAGUUUCAAUUUCCGAAGAUCGUUGAAUUUUUUUUGACUCGUGUUUUAAUAAAAAUCUUGAUUUCCUGUAAGAUUAUAUUUUCCUGCGACUGGGAAUUGACCUGA